CGCUCGUAAGGAUGUGUCCGCUGGCGCUGCCGGACUUCGUGCGUUCGCGUCGCGUGUGUGCGCGUUUAUCCUGACGCUGAACGGCUCAGCCAAAAAGGCCAAAAGGCCCCGAAAAGUGCUUCAAGCCAGGCCACUAAAAAGCAGGCGAAUUUCUCAAGUGAACGCCAGUAUAAUCAUGCAUAUUUACAAAUGAUAAAAAGUCUAAUAAAAUGAGGCAGUCAGUGUCGAGUUCCGUGUUAAGUUUUUAUUUGUGUUCGUGUGCUUGGCGAGUACCAGUCCAAUCCAAACUAUCAAAGAUCUCGAGGAAUAACCAGUAACUAGUCGAAGAUCUUGGGCUGCAGAACAUAAAAACCAGCAAAAGCUCGUUCAAAAUGAUCACCUAAAGCCAAAAUCGGUGCAAACAAAAAUCUAUGCCGAACCAAUCUUGAAUAACUAUAAACGCAUCAGCUCAUAACGCAAACAUAGCUUAAUUGGCGCUGAAAAUAAACAAAAAAUAAAUGUAAAUUGAUUUCGAAAAAGCCCAAGGGCAGAGAAGCAUAACCAAACCUAACCAAAUCCAACAAAAAACGCAACGAAAACCACCGCAAAAAUUGCUUUAGAUUAAAGAGAAAAAAACCCAACAAAAAAUCACUCCCAAUUGCAUCAAACAAAAUGACGCUGCGCAUAUCGGCCGAAUACGGAAAUCAUCGAGGGCUCAUCAUUCCUGGCUUUGUGCUGCUCCUGAUUUUGGCCCCCUUGCCUGCCUCGCGGGCAGGACGCGUCUUCGACGUCGAAAAUAAGGACUACGUAACCGUGAAUGCCGAGGCGGGCAAAAACGUGACCAUUCCGUGUCCGGGGGUCAACGAGCACUCUCUGGUGGACACGCUCGUGUGGAAAACGGCGUCGACGACAAUCGCGCAGUUCGCCAAUCGGAUACCCCUGCUCCACAGUCCAAGGAUACAACUUUUAUCGGACAACUUCGGCCUGCACUUUUCGCCCUCCCUAGCAAGUGAUACUUCGGAGUAUAUAUGCCUAGUUAACGAUCGGCAUAUACCAGAGGCCAUCGUCGAUUUACUGGUGCAGGAUGUGCCCGAUCCGCCGGAGCGACCAUUGUUGAUAAGUUUCACAUCACGCUCGGUGAAUUUAUCCUGGGCGCAUUCGCAGCAUCCACGGAAUGCGCCCGUCACGCAUUUUAUUAUUGAAACGCGUGAGGGCGAGGAGGGCAUUUGGGAGCAGCUGGCCAGGAUCUACACGAAAACCAAUGCGACUUCAUAUCAGGUGACCGGGCUGACGCCCUUCACCGUCUACAGCUUUCGCCUGCUGGCGGUCAACAAGCUGGGAAUCAGUCCGCCGUCCAAGGAGUCCUACUACAUAGUCACGCUGCGUGAGGCUCCCACGGGCAAACCCAUUCCGACGACGGCCCACAACACGUCCUCCACCUCGGUGUACAUCUCGUGGAAGGCCCCGCCACCGGAUACCAUAUUGGGCGAGUUCCUCGGCUACCGCAUCACAUAUCGACCGCGGGACAGGGAUCCCAACGAUACCAAGGAGAUCUAUAUUCGCGAUAAUACCGUGGAGAGCCAUGAGAUACAGAACCUGCAGACCUACACGCAGUACAAGGUGACGGUGCAGGUGUUCAAUCCCGAGGGUCUGGGACCGGAGACCACCAUCCUGGUGAUGACCGACGAAGGAGUUCCCAGCAAACCCCAGAAUCUCACCAUCCUGGAUGUGUCGGCCAGCAGCAUCACGAUGUCGUGGCAUCCGCCGAAGAAUCAGAACGGAGCCAUCGCCGGUUACCAUGUGUUCCACAUCCAUGACAACCAGACUGGCGUGGAAAUCGUUAAGAACUCUCGCAAUUCCGCAGAAACACUCAUUCACUUCGAAUUGCAGAAUUUGAGACCCUACACCGAUUACCGAGUGAUUGUUAAGGCUUUUACCACCAAAAAUGAGGGCGAACCCUCCGAUCAGAUUGCACAGAGGACAGAUGUCGGCGGUCCCAGUGCUCCGGCGAUUGUAAACCUCACUUGCCACUCCCAGGAAUCCAUCACCAUUCGGUGGCGAAGACCCUACGAGUUCUACAACACCAUCGAUUUUUACAUCAUCAAAACUCGAUUGGCUGGACAGGAUACGCACCGGGAUAUAAGGAUAAAUGCUUCAGCCAAGGAGCUUGAAACUGCGAUGAUUCUACAAAAUCUAACAACGAACUCCUACUACGAGGUCAAAGUGGCAGCGGCAACGUUCAGUGUCAUAAAUCCAAAGAAAAUAGUGCUGGGCAAAUUUUCGGAGUCAAGGAUUAUUCAACUGCAACCGAAUUGUGAGAAGCUUCAACCACUCCUCCGUCAAUCGCAUAAUGACUACAACCUGGCGGUCUUGGUGGGCAUUAUCUUCAGCUGUUUCGGCAUCAUCUUGAUCAUCAUGGCCUUCUUCCUGUGGAGCAGAAAGUGCUUCCAUGCGGCCUACUACUACCUGGAUGACCCACCGCACCACCCGAAUGCCCCGCAGGUCGACUGGGAAGUGCCCGUGAAGAUCGGCGAUGAGAUCCGGGCGGCCGUGCCCGUAAAUGAGUUUGCCAAGCACGUGGCCUCCCUGCACGCGGACGGGGACAUUGGAUUCAGCCGUGAGUACGAGGCCAUCCAGAACGAGUGCAUCAGCGACGAUCUGCCCUGCGAACACUCCCAGCAUCCCGAGAACAAACGCAAGAAUCGCUAUCUCAACAUCACAGCCUACGAUCACAGUCGGGUGCACUUGCAUCCCACUCCGGGCCAAAAGAAGAACCUCGACUACAUCAACGCCAACUUCAUCGAUGGCUACCAGAAGGGACACGCCUUCAUCGGAACCCAGGGUCCCUUGCCCGACACCUUCGACUGUUUCUGGCGGAUGAUUUGGGAGCAGCGAGUGGCCAUCAUCGUGAUGAUCACCAAUCUUGUGGAGCGCGGACGACGCAAGUGCGACAUGUACUGGCCCAAGGAUGGAGUGGAGACCUACGGCGUGAUCCAGGUCAAGCUCAUCGAGGAGGAAGUCAUGUCCACGUACACGGUUCGCACUUUGCAGAUUAAGCAUUUGAAGCUCAAGAAAAAGAAGCAGUGCAAUACGGAGAAGCUGGUCUACCAAUAUCACUACACCAACUGGCCCGAUCAUGGAACCCCCGAUCAUCCCCUGCCCGUUCUGAACUUUGUCAAGAAGUCCUCGGCUGCAAAUCCCGCUGAGGCUGGUCCUAUAGUCGUGCACUGCAGCGCUGGCGUUGGUCGCACUGGCACCUACAUCGUUCUGGACGCCAUGCUCAAGCAGAUCCAGCAGAAAUCGAUCGUGAACGUCUUUGGAUUCCUGCGCCACAUUCGAGCCCAGAGGAACUUCCUCGUCCAGACGGAGGAGCAGUACAUCUUCCUGCACGACGCCCUGGUCGAGGCCAUUGCCUCCGGAGAGACCAACCUGAUGGCCGAGCAGGUGGAGGAGCUGAAGAACUGCACUCCGUAUUUGGAGCAGCAGUACAAGAACAUCAUCCAGUUCCAGCCGAAGGACAUCCACAUCGCCUCCGCCAUGAAGCAGGUGAACUCGAUCAAGAACCGCGGAGCCAUCUUCCCCAUCGAGGGCAGUCGCGUGCACUUGACUCCCAAGCCGGGUGAGGAUGGUAGCGAUUAUAUCAACGCCUCGUGGCUCCACGGUUUCCGGAGAUUGAGGGACUUUAUCGUCACCCAGCAUCCCAUGGCGCACACGAUAAAGGACUUCUGGCAGAUGGUCUGGGACCACAAUGCACAGACCGUCGUGCUGCUCUCAUCCCUGGAUGAUAUAAACUUUGCCCAGUUUUGGCCGGAUGAGGCCACGCCCAUCGAGAGCGACCACUAUCGCGUCAAGUAUCUGAACAAGACGAACAAGAGCGACUACGUGAGCCGCGACUUUGUCAUCCAGUCGAUACAGGACGACUACGAGCUGACAGUCAAAAUGCUGCACUGUCCCAGUUGGCCGGAGAUGUCCAAUCCCAACAGCAUCUACGACUUCAUCGUCGACGUGCACGAGCGCUGCAACGACUACCGCAAUGGUCCUAUUGUCAUAGUGGAUAGAUAUGGAGGUGCCCAGGCGUGCACCUUCUGCGCGAUCUCGUCGCUGGCCAUCGAGAUGGAGUACUGCAGCACGGCCAACGUGUACCAGUACGCGAAGCUGUACCACAACAAGCGGCCCGGGGUGUGGACCUCCAGCGAGGACAUCCGCGUCAUCUACAACAUACUUUCAUUUUUGCCUGGCAAUUUGAACCUGCUGAAGCGCACGGCGCUUCGGACUGAAUUCGAGGAUGUGACAACGGCCACGCCGGAUCUCUAUAGCAAAAUAUGCAGCAAUGGUAAUGUUCCACAGCAUGUCAUACUGCAGCAGCAGCAGCUGCACAUGCUGCAGUUGCAGCAGCAGCACCUAGAGACACAGCAGCAGCAGCAGCUACAACAGCAGCAGCAGCAACAGACAGCACUCCAUGAGACAGUCAGCACACAAGCAACCGAUACUAAUCCAAGCCUCUUGCCCAUUCUGUCAUUGUUACCGCCCACAGUCGCUCCACUGUCCACUGUCUCCAACUCAUCCACACCACCACCAAGCUCUCCACCACCAUCCCCACAAACAACCAUCCAAUUGCCAUCGCCAUCAGACCUGUCCCAUCAUCAGAUCUCACCCACAGUCGCCACUGCAGCAUCGACGGCUAUUACAUCGGCAACUGCAUCACCAACGAGACCAACAGUCCCAACCAACACCACAAUACCUACAAUUCCAAUCGCAAGCCCCAACAGUUUAACCCUUACUAAUGCCAAUUUCCAUAAUGUUACUAACAAUGCUGCUGAUCUGAUGGAACACCAACAACAACAAAUGCUGGCCCUGAUGCAACAACAAACGCAACUGCAACAACAAUACAAUACGCACCAACAACAUCACAACAACGUUGGUGAUCUGCUGAUGAACAACGCGGACAAUUCCCCAACCACUUCACCAACGAUCGUCAACAAUAUUAACAACAACAACAACAACAACGUCACAAACGCAGCAGCGACAGAUGCUCAAAACUUAGAUAUUGUAGGCUAAACUAAAGAUAAAUUUACAGAGAGAAAUUAAAUCAUUUUAUAAAUGUUUAAAUAUAAAUAUUUAAAUUUAAACCGUACACUUACGUAUACAUAGCGAUGUAUUUAUUAACGUUUAAGUCGAUUAAGUGAGAGCAAAGCGUCUAGCGCCUUGCCCAUAAAUUAUUCAUUUUUUCUUCUUGUAAGCUCCUAUUUUACCUUAAUUUAUUCCCCUCACUUGUUCUCCUCGAUACUAUCUAAAUUAUGUUGUUCUUCUAUAAUUUUUUUACAUCGUACUCCUAAGUUUUUAUAUUUUACCUAAAUUUAGUCACAAGGGACAAGAAAAAGUCAAGAACAGUAAAGAACAAAAAUAAUCGCAAAUCUACAAGUGGAAACAUAGCAGAAUGCACAAAUUGAACAAGUAGAAUUAAUCAAGAUGAAUAUUUGUCUAAUCAUUUAUAUACGCUGAUUACAUAUAAAUAACGUUAACGUUAAUGCAGGUUAAUUCUGCACACACUUGUGCCAUGAUUUUUUAAGCUCCUACAAACUCCUAUUAACGUAAUAAUUAUUAGUUGAAUUACCGAAGUAACCUAGUUGAUUGAGAACUUUUUGCAUUUCGAAUCGAUUCAGUGUCCGUCCUAGUAUCUGUUAUUGUUUUUUGUCUUCUCGAAAAUUGUUUUCCAGUUUCCAGUUUGAUCACAAGGAAAGAAACUAAAGCAACACUUAGCUACAAAUUAAUUGCGAAUUUAGUAGGCAAAGAAGCAAAUUAUUGGCAAAUAUUCCGAGUUACCGAGCACUUUUCACGGAGCACAUCACCGCCACUCUUUCCACCUCACAUCACUGUAAAUCCCAAAGUAAACGUAAAUAAUACACACGAUUUCAGCACCAAGCACAAGAGCAUCACGAAAAAUUGUAAAUAACAACUUAGGCCAGGAAAACGCUGGAAAAGCCCCUAAGACUCAUCAUUCUGAACAAGCUAAGAAUAUUGUAAAAACUAAAAUAAGAGAAGGCGAUAACUACGUGUAAAUCUAAGGUAAUCGCAAGCAAAGUAUUAUUAAAAUAUACAAUUCAUGUGGAAAGCGAGAUAAAAGGAAUCCCAAUGAAAAACUCAAGUUUAAUUUUCGUUUUUCUCUUUUCGAUGCACAGGGCGUUACAAUAUUUGAUAGACCCCGAAUGACAGCGUAAUAUUAAUCUGUACAGUUCUUAAAGUUAGCCUCGGAUGUGGAUAAGGAUAAAGAAAAACAAACUCAGCACUCUGAAUUGCCAUAGCUAUGGCUGUGUGUGAGUUAGCGAAGGAUAUGUUUAGUUUGGAGUUGUCCAGAUUUAGUCAGAUAUACUAUAUAUCCCACACACACACAGCAAGUAGAGCGCAAGUAAAUUAGUGAAUAUUUUUACAUUUUAUAUGUAAAAUACUAAUGGGAAAAUGAAAAAAAAGAAAACAUAAAAACGAUAAACAAACAUGUUUUAAAGACUGGUUUUUUGUACACUUUAACUUGAAUAAGCAUGGAUACUGAUUAUGUAAAUGAAUGAAUGUCAAGGUCCUUCAGUUUCCUCUAGAUUUAUCCCGUGUCCACCCAAUCGAAUGUAGUCAGACUACUUGAGAACUUAGAUGGUAGGUUGGUUUGAUUGGGCUGGGAGCAGCACCCUUCAAUCCUGAUCGUAUCAAAGCGAGAGCAUUUCAAUCCAAUCAUUUGCCAGCUGAUACCGAAUAGGCGGCUCUACAUAUUAACCAACUAAUGACCAAUUUUUGUGAGAUUAUGUUUCUUAGGCACUAACCCGACUUAGGUUAAGACUACUUAUACGCUAGAAAGGCUUGUAAAUUUCUCAUACUGACACCGGCAAUGGUAACAAAUGCUUCAUCUGUAAUAUAACAACAAGAAUCAUAUUAUUUCGAUACAAUAUUGACAAGAACUAUGCAUUUUAACUGUUAAACACAUAAAGAGUAGUAUGUACGACGAAACUAUAGGUGGAUAUUUCUAUACAAUAUGUACAUAAUGUUGUAUGUGUGUGAUGUACGUCACAGCCAAAGAAAAGCUUAAUCAACAGCAUUGCAAUGGAGCAAUGACUACACAGAGUUCUACAGAAAUCCAACCCCCAAUUAAAAACUGCACACACUUUUCAAGCAAACGGAAACCUUUCCACGACUAAACUACCUUCACACAUUAACUAAAGUAAAUGAAAAUGAUACAAAACAACAGAUACAACAGAUUAUCUACUUGACGGUGUUAUGCAAUUUAUAAAUGUGAUGAAUGUCAAAGUUAAGCGUAAACAAUUUAAAAACAAAACCACAGAAAAUGCAAAAAAAAAAAAAAAAAAAAUAUUAAAGAAAGAUUCAUAAGAAAGAGCUGAAUGUAGCGAGAACUUAAGUAAGCAUGCCCACGAUUUUAGAGCUAAGCAAAUAGAUGAUACCCCAGAGGCAGACCAUAGAUUUUAAAGAACAAAGAAUUGCCCCCCUUUCAGACACAGCAAGUUUGGAGUUUCCCGCAGCUUGUAGAGGCCAUUGAGGCAGGAGUAUCCGAUAUCAAAGUCGGAGGACGUCCCGCGAUAAACAAAAUUAAUGAUAUAUAAAGAUAUGUAUGUAUAUGUAUGUACACCUAAGCUACUCGUAAGCCAAUGAAAAGUUGAAAUGGACUAAAGAUAAAUGAUAAAUGGAACAGACAAAAUUGAAAGCGUCUAAAUAAAGAACAUCAAAUUGCAAACUCA